CCCGGCGGCGCCGGCGGCUGCAGCACUUCCGGGUCGGCGCGGAGGCGGGGCGGAGGCGCCGCGACGGCUGUUAUUGUUCGACUGAGCUGGGCCGGGCGCUGUCUCCCUGGUCUCCGUGGGUAUCGGUUUGUCGCGCUUCAGCUCAGCCCCUCUCUCCUGUCGGUUUGUCCCGCUUCCUCUCGGCACCUCGCUCCCCACGGCUGACGGCGACGGCGGCGGCUGCGGCGGGCGGGGCCUGGCGUUUCAAGGCCGAGCGGCGCCGGGGUGAGGGGCGCGGAGGAGGAGGAGCAGUAGCAGGAGGAGGAGCCGUGUGCCCUGGCACCGAGCGGCCGCGGCUAUGGCGUACGCCUAUCUCUUCAAGUACAUCAUCAUCGGCGACACAGGUGUUGGUAAAUCAUGCUUAUUGCUACAGUUUACAGACAAGAGGUUUCAGCCAGUGCAUGACCUUACUAUCGGUGUAGAGUUUGGUGCUCGAAUGAUAACUAUUGAUGGGAAACAGAUAAAACUUCAAAUAUGGGAUACGGCAGGGCAAGAGUCCUUUCGUUCCAUCACGAGGUCAUAUUACAGAGGUGCGGCGGGGGCUUUACUAGUGUAUGAUAUUACAAGGAGAGACACAUUCAACCACUUGACAACCUGGUUAGAAGAUGCCCGCCAGCAUUCCAAUUCCAACAUGGUCAUUAUGCUUAUUGGAAAUAAAAGUGAUUUAGAAUCUAGAAGAGAAGUAAAAAAAGAAGAAGGUGAAGCUUUUGCACGAGAACAUGGACUUAUCUUCAUGGAAACUUCUGCUAAGACUGCUUCGAAUGUAGAAGAGGCAUUUAUUAAUACAGCAAAAGAAAUUUAUGAAAAAAUCCAAGAAGGAGUCUUUGACAUUAAUAAUGAGGCAAAUGGCAUUAAGAUUGGCCCCCAGCACGCUGCUACUAACGCCACCCACGCAGGCAGUCAGGGAGGACAGCAGGCCGGCGGAGGCUGCUGUUGAGUCUAUUUUUACGUCUGGCUGCCCGAACGGGGCCACUCGCCCAUUCUUUGACCCUCUCCUCCUGCCCAGCUGAGACAUGAAACUAUUCAAAAUGGCUUUAUGUCACAGAAGACUUUAAUCCUUCAAAUUCUUGUAUAACUUUGAAUAAAUGGUUAAUGUUCACUUAAAAAGACAGAUUUUGGAGAUUGUAUUCAUAUCUAUUUGCAUUUGAUUUCUAGGUCAAUUGAUGUGAUUAUUUUUGUUAAAUGUUGUCUUGUGCCCUUACCUACAAACUGAAUUGUAUUAAACACUACAAAGUCAUCUUGAGUAUUUUAACUUGGUUUGUGUAGUUAGGUUUCCCCACACCUGUGGUUACCUAAUGUUUAAUAUUACAGGACUGUCCUCAAAAGUUUGUCAAUUUUCAAGGCUAUAAGGAAAACAGAAGGACUCUUUUAAUUCUGUAUUUAUCAUUUACUUUCUGUAUAUAUAGUUUAAUAUCCUGCUUGGGUGUCAUUUGCCAAGCUUGAAUUCUUUAAUGCAUUUGCAUAAAUUCUAUACUGUUUAGAGCUUAAAGCUACAGAAGCUUCGUUAGGAAUUGCUUGGACCCUGAAUUUUAAACUUUUCGACAUUGGUAACAAGCAUGUUCAUCUUUUCUUGUCACUCGUCCAAGAAAAAUAUGCUUAAUGUACAUUACUAAAGGCUAUGUAUGUGUUAACCUGUUUUAAUGCCAAAAGUUUGCUAUUUGUCCACCAUUUCUUUAAGACCUCUUCAGAAAAGGAUGUGUUUGUUUGCCUUAAUGAACACUGUUGGGUGAAAACACAGUACGAAGAGUGAGAUGGGCGGAAGCAAGGACUCCUUCCACCUGAGUGGCUCCAGGAAGCGGGAGUGUCCACGUUUAGAUGGCACAUUAUGAGGACUUUAAUCUUUCCUUAAACACAAUAAUGUUUUCUUUUUAUUUUAUUCACAUGAUUUCUAAGUAUAUUUUUCAUGCAGGACAGUUUUUCAACCUUGAUGUACAGUGACUGUGUGAGAUUUUUCUUUCAGUGGCAACCUAUAAUCUUUAAAAUACGGUAAGCAUCUUGUCUGUUUUGAAGGGGAUAUGACAAUAAAUCUACCAGAUGGAAAAUCCUGUUAAAAGUAGAAAAGCUUUAGUAUUUUACUCAGUGUGGUGGUUUUAUCCUUCUUUUUCUUUUUCUCCCUUGGUCUAUAAUGAAUUGUUAUAGCAGUACAAAAUAAAAUCCUAUGUAUAAAAGUG